CGCCGCCAUUGUUACCGUGCCUCGGCCGCGCCGCACCGUCGCCGGAGAGACGACGCACGGGCGUACGUCGUGGUGUCACCGAACCCGUUUCGCUCUCGAGCGAGAUCUCCGGAGCAGCAAGUUGACGCACGCCGCUCGUCGUCGCGUCGUGCUCGCGUCCGUCGUGCUCGACGUCGUUUCGCUUCGUUCCGUACGUCUCGGCACCGUCGAGAGAGGGUGGGAGCGAGGAAGAGAGAGAGAGAGUGAGCGAAAAGGAGAAAGAAAGAGAGAGAUAGAGAAAGGAAGAACGAAGCGCCCUGGCCACUCGCAAAGGAUCGUCCUGCUCGACGUUCCCUUCUGUCACCGCCGCGCCGAGGCCGAGGACGAUCGCGCGGCGUCCCGACCGAUGCCCCGUCGACGGAUUCAAGCCGGUGGUACGGCCGUGUUGUGCAUCGUAUGGUGUUAGUGCAUCAUGUGAUUGCUUCUGCACCAGGGUACUCUCUUGGCCACGGUGACGGAUACUAGCGCGUGAAGGAUGCAGGAACUGGCAUUCCCACGUCGGAAAGGGAUCCUCGCCCCAGUGUCGGUGUUGGUGCUGCUGAUACUACCAUUGGUCGAUUUACCCUCUGCAAACGGAUCCUGCGACUUUCCGUCAGUUUGGACGGGGGAAUGGUACCAGUAUGGCAAGCCACUAUUCAGUAUAAACACGACCCUCCUCGGGGAUAAAACAUGCGUCGAGACGAAGGAUGACAAGUACAUCUUAUAUUUCAGCGGCGACAACUGUUACCAGUGUAUAAUCAUGAACCAACGGCAUGAUAACGUGAUUCAGUAUCGCGAAGGCUGGUGCAGCCAGGAACGAACGAGUUUGGACGACAUGUGCAACAUGAUCACCUCGGACGACAUACUCUACUCAAUAUUCCGCAUGAAUUCCAAACCGAUACCCUGCCCGUUCGCCGGCGCGUCGUUCACGUUUUCGUACAACCGGGGCUACGGCGAGUGCGUGAUGCCCAUCAGUCUCGCGGAGAAGUGCAUCGACGAGAGCAAGCUUCUGCUCAAGUACCAAGCCUGCCCGGACGUCGAGGGGACCGAGAGUAACACGGAGGAGCUGCAGUGCCUCGCCGUGUGGAACGACGGCCGAAACAAGUACUUGGUGGGAACCCUGAAAGGAAGGAACGCCUUGGGCGACGGCAGGAUCUUCAGGUGUUUUCUGUACGAGGAGAGGGCUCAUCAUCAGGGCAAGAUCUACCUGCUCGCUCAGUCCGGCGACCCGACCUGCAACGGCCUAACCACCGUCUCCGAGGGUUCGCCCACCAUAAAACUCACGAAAGUCGACAAAGAGCACAAGUGCAAGUAUCCGGGCUGGGUGACCCAACAUCACGACUGGCACUCUCUCGACGGCACGAAGGUCUAUCACUUCACCAACAAGAACGCCACGCUCAAGGUGAAGGCGCAGUCGCAAGACUCCACCAACGGGGACACGCUGCACGAGGAAAAGAUCGUCUGUCACAAUUUGGAGCAGCUCUACCCGAACGACAACAUGCAGGGCAACAAAGUUAAGCUGAUCGCGCACGUCACCAGCGGCUGCGACAUCGGAUACGUUUGCAUGAUAUUCCACAGGAGGGACAGUCACAUCAUCGAGAUUCAGCAAUCGGACCAAAAAGCGAUUAUGCCGGACGAGGCGUGCUCGAUCUCGGAUCCCUCGACGAUGCCGUACACGACCUUAAUAACCACGUUCCUGCAUCAGAGGAAGUGCCCUAAUCCGGGACGGUACGAAAUCCUGGAUUUCGCACCGUCCCAUGUGCUGUCGGCCGCCACGUCGAGACGACAACGACGCAGCGAGCUGUCCAAGACAACCAAGAGGCGGACUUGGCAGGACAAUACCGAGGACGAGGAGUGCAGGAGCACGCAUAUCCAAGUGGGUUGCACGUCGUCCGACCAGACGGAAAUGAUAAUCGCCAACACGUGCGAACACGAGGAGAUAGCCUAUUACUGCCACGGUAGCUGGGAGGAGAAGGGCACGUGGUACACGAUCGCGUCGCAAAGAAACCCCGAAUUCCCGAUCGGUCUAGGCGAAACGUUCUGCUUCACCAUGCGCCAGGAGGGCGUCAGGGACAAAGCUUCGGGAAGAAGCGGCAGGCUGAAGCAACAGGAGCAAGAGUUGUGGCUGUCGAGGCCGUCCCAUACUUGCCAGAGAGAAGCCAAGGAGGAAUGGACGUACCGGCUGUCGAGUCAAGGUGUGUGCGAGGAUUUAACGAAAGCGGCUUCGAGCCUGGCGUCUACUCCGUUGUCGUCGUUACCUUCGCUUCUGUUUACCCUGUACGCGGCGGCGGCGGCUUACAUAGCUGCUAAUACGCUCCGCGUAUUACUCUCGAGAUGAUCUGCAGCUAUUACGUAAGGGGUCUCGGGGUGUAAUUUCCAGCACGGAUUCUCUCAGGUAUUGCGUGUUACUGGAAGUGCGUGUGUGUGUACAUAUAUAUAGCUCGCAGUUUGAUAGCAGCUAUCGAUCGACCAGCUGUCGAUACGCGAUAAAGAAAGACGCGACAUGAGAACGACGUGCAGCUUAACAUCCAUUAUCGACAAUAUAAUUUCCGUUCUGUCGACGCAGCAAGCCUAAUUACGCUAAAAUCGCCGCCGAUCGCCAUUGGUUCCCAAUGGGAGACCCGAGAGGCGAAAUAGAGAUAGAUAGAUAGAUAGACAGAGAUGAAGAGAGAUAGAGAGAGCGAGCGAGCCGUACACCGUUUUUUAGAAUUUUGUACGAUUAUUUUUUUACGAUAUAUUACUUUUCGCAAUAUUUCGUAACGAAACUCGUGUUCCGCACGAGAGCGACUGACGCUCCAGGCGCGGCCUAGAUUCCGGGCAGCGGUGUUUUUUUUCCCCCCGGCGUGCAUCAUCACGUACAUGCUAAUUUUACUGCCAGAUUUGUUGACUAAUUAGAACGUCGGCUACACGGUGGUUCCGUUUGCGCGGAUUAUUUACGAUCGCUCGUGUGCUUUCCGUUCGAUUUCCGUGCGAGAAAAGGAGAGAGCGGGGAUGAUAUUCAGGGGAUAUUCAGGGCUGGGAGGCGAUACCAAAAAUACGAGUCUCGAGUGGAAAAUACAUCCUCGCAGGGGAGACCCUGUGGGACGAAAUGCGAUUGGAAAAAAUUCGAAACGCGAGGUAUUCUCGGAGAGAUACUCGAGAUUCGGAGUAAUACAAUAGAAGAGUAACGUGCAAUGAAUGAUUUAUCGUUCAUAGUUGGAAACUCGUUUAUAAUCUCGAGCAUAUAUAUAUAUAUUUGGAGACGUCGUUCCAGCCCGGGUAUUUUCGGAGCGGAUUAACGAAAGUGUGUAGUUUAACGCGACAGCCUCGAAUCACGACCACUUCGGAGUACUUUAAGCCUCGAAGACUCACGUGUAUAUUCUUACUAAGUAAUCGCGCUAAUUGUAAAUACGACCAGGGUAUAAUAAGUGGGGUGUCGAGAUUUCAAUUGGGUUAUUUUCGAGCGAGAGGAUCGGUACGUAUAAGUAAUUACAAUCCGAUGACCGGUUGAACUCGUGUACGUGGAUUUUAUGUAAACGGCAAGGGAAAUAUAGGUUUUAUCUUUUAGCUAGUACGCAACGGUUGUACAUAAUAAUUGAGAUAUUGUAUAAAGACUGUUUCUAAAAAGAAGAGUAACAAGUAUACCGCUCACACGAUUGUAUUUCGUCACCGGAAGAAGUGCGUACAUUUUCGAAGACAUUCUCGAGAUCGGCCUCGCAAACGAAGGUCCGCGCCGUGCACUCGGACCGCCAAAGUUCGUAAGUUCGUGGAGCUGACGUGAGUCGGGAAUCGAAAACGAAUCAGCCAACGACGUUAUUCGACGCGCUCUCCUACGGAAAUUGCUUACACGAGCGUGAAAUUCACGCCCACGACGGGCGAGUCGAUACGUGGAAAUUAAUCAAGAGCUAAUUAAUUAAUUUAAUUUAAUUUAAUUUAAUUACAAUCUCAAUUGUAGACUUCCAUCAAAGUGGUCACCGAAGUGAUUUUGUCAAAAUCUUUCAUCUUUCUAAGUAGUUUUCGAAUCCACUUGAAUACGUUGGAGAAUUUCGAAUAUAUCAAUUAUUUUUAUAUUUUCCAUCUUAUUUUAUUUUCAAUAUAUUAUACGGGAGCGAAAACUUUUCCUCUAAAAGAGUGAAUACAAAAAAACAUUGUACUUGUAGAGACAACAUAAUAAAAACAAAAUGCGAAAUAUUCAAAAUAAAAUGAAACUAAUUGAAAAUAAUUGAAAAUAAAAAUAAGAAAUGUCAAUUAUCUUUAAACCCCGAAAUCGAUAUAUACUGUGUGUAACUUCUCGGAAUUUAAAGAUAGAGAUAUAUAUCGUCGCUCCGUCGAGCCAGUCGCGCAAACUUACGAACUUUAUCGCAAUGUAACUUUCGAUCUAGUCGACCGGCCGAGUGUGCAUCCGCGGAUCUCUCAGAACGCGCAUUCGUCGCGUGUGAACAUAGUGCUUUUGCAUCUCUAACAUAGAGUUAGUGGAUGUCGGAAACAGAUCGAUCACGCAUCUCGUUAUCUCCCGUUCGUCAUCGACGAUACGAUCUCAGCCGCGUGUCUGGGAUUCGGACGCGCGGUCGCUUCGGUCGCUCCCGAAUUGUUCGGUUGUGAAAUUGCAAUUUUUUCCUGAUCACCGGACGAUAUCGCUCUUCUUUCCUGCAGCCUAAUCUACGCAAAAAUCGCUCGCGUGACACAAAUGCAUACCGCAUAUAGUUAAAGACGAGUGUACAUUACACGCGUUUUCCUCGCUACUGCAUUCUCGCGAAUUGAGAUAACGCACGACUCACAUUCUCCACGAUACCAACCAUUCGGAUCNGGGGGGGGGGGGGGGG